CAAAUUCCAUUUACGACCGCUCCCCCCCGGCUGCCCGUUUUAACGUUCUCCGUUUCCUGUGGAUUACGGCAGCAGCCAUGGCGUCCGAUUUGACGAAUUCGGUUUUGGACGCACUGUCCGCGUCUGAUGGACCUAUUCUUUCUAGCGAAGCCUUCCCCUCCAGCCCCUCCUUGAACGUGAAAAGUGCGGUUGACCGCCUAGCUUCACGACAUAUGGUCGAGUAUGAAACGAUUGAUCGGGAAGUUAUUACUCUUACGAAGGAGGGAGAGGAAAUUGUUGCCAACGGUAGCCAUGAAGCUAAAGUUUACGAGGCCGUGGUUGCUGCGAUUGACGGGUUGAAGAUUAGCGAGCUGCCGGGGAUUGUCGGCAAGGAUAAUGCUAAGAUCGGGCAAGGAAAUGCUUUUAAGAGAGGAUGGAUUAAGAAGGAUAAGGAUCUAUUGCGGGCGAAUGCCGAUUCCAUUGUUGACGAGACGAGGGAGCAGUUGCAGACGAUCCAACGGACUCAGACCCUGGGAGAUGCCAAGGUUGUUGCAGAUCUGAAGAAAAGGAAGUUGAUUACCUUGCAGAAGGUGAUCAACUUCAAGAUCUCGAAGGGUCCCAAAUUUGCUAGGGAAUUUGUGAAGGAGCAGACAGAUCUGACUGCUGAGAUGCUCAUGAAUGGGUCUUGGAAGACGGCGAAGCUAAAGCCAUACAACUUCAAGGCCAAGGGCGCCCCCGUCUCGACUGGUGCGCUACAUCCUCUGAACAAGGUGCGGCAGGAGUUCCGCAACAUCUUCUUUGAAAUGGGAUUCGAGGAAAUGCCCACCAACCGGUAUGUAGAGACGGGUUUCUGGAAUUUCGACGCCCUGUUCGUACCACAACAACACCCCGCCCGUGAUCUCCAAGAUACCUUCUAUGUCGCCGACCCCCCCAAGGCCGAUCCUCCUCGUGAGGAUCCUCUAGAGGACCCCCACAGACCGAAGUCAUCGCAGCCCAAGUCCCAGGCGACGACUGAGAAGUCGCUCGACUACAAGGAAUACUGGGAAAAUGUCCGCCAAGUCCACGAGUCAGGAAAGUACGGGUCCAUCGGGUACCGUUAUCCCUGGAGCCCGGAUGAAUCACUUCGCUUGGUUCUUCGUACACACACUACGUCCGUGUCGACCUACGUGCUGCACAAACUUGCGGCAAAUCCACGACCAGCACGGUACUUCAGUAUCGACCGAGUCUUCCGUAACGAGGCCGUGGACGCAACCCAUCUGGCCGAGUUCCACCAGAUCGAAGGUGUGAUUGCCGACUUCGGGCUCACUCUGGGCGGGCUGAUUGGAUUCAUGGAGGUCUUCUUUGGCAAGAUGGGCAUUCACAAAUUGCGUUUCAAGCCCGCGUACAAUCCCUACACGGAACCUAGCAUGGAGAUUUUCGGGUACCACGGGGGACUAGGUAAGUGGGUGGAAAUCGGCAACAGCGGAAUGUUCAGACCUGAGAUGUUGGAGCCGAUGGGACUGCCCAAGGAUAUAAGGGUAUAUGGAUUUGGUCUGAGUCUUGAGAGACCUACUAUGAUUAAGUGCGUUCCUGUUUCCCGUUUGUCUAUGGAGAGAACAAAAGUCACUAACGUCAGCAUAGAUAUGGAGUGAGCAAUAUCCGAGAACUCCUUGGACAUAAAGUCGACCUCAACUUCAUCGAGACCAACCCUGCGGUUAGAUUGGAGAAGGAUUAGACCGCUACAUGUUAGAGAAGGGAAGGAUGGGAACGGUUUUCACCCGUUCAUUAUGUCCCUAGCUAUUUCUCAUGAUAAGUUCUUAUAGACUUGGUACUUGAUACAAAAGAAAAGCUCGCUGGGAUUUAAAGAUCUUGUGUUUUAGGACAUGAGGGUAUGACAAGGAAGAAGCAAAGGACAGGCUGAAAUGCCAAUCCCGUUCUCUUUCUGUUUCAGGAUUAUUUUAUUUUU